CUUUGUUUUAAUAACCCUUUUUGGCUUUUGGCCUUUUCUUUUUUCCUAAACGCACACACAAUAGAAUGGAACCUGUUGGAGCCUUCCCUGAUGGAGAAUGGGAUUGCUUCCGCAGAAUGUUUGGCAGUGAGGAGCAUGAUUUCACACCCCAGAUUCCACUUCUGCUUCAUGGUGAUGAUGAAUUGAACAUUUUGACACAACCAACAUUUUGUGCUGGUGCUGAAAAUAUUGAGCGUAUGUUUUAUUCUUUAGAUGCUCACAAUCACAACUCAAAUUCCCAGUAUAUUUCACAAGAAAGUAGCUAUAGUAGUAAUUGUAGUGGUGACACUGUCUUCAUUGCCAAUCCGGGUAGUGCAAACUAUUAUUUUAGUUACCCUGAUCAUGUGCUAGCAAAUAAUGCAUGUGAAUAUUCCAUGGAUGAGAAAAUUUUUGCCUCUUUUGUGCCAUCACUUGCUGACAUUGUAACCGAAGAGAGUGUCAAAGAUAUUGGGAGUGACAUAUUGGAGAAUUCUGAAUGCAAUCAUAUGGAACCUAUUGUUUUUCCCACCAAGCAGCUGCAGCUCAAAAGGAAGCUUGAUCUGCCUGAUGAAGAUAAAAUCAACAACAGAUCCGAGAAUCACAAGAAAAAGGCUCGUGUCUCAAAAGAUGGGCAAGGAUGCAUGAAAAAUACAUGGUCCAAGAAGAAUCAGAAACAAGGAAGCAAUGAUGAUGCAGAAGAGACUAAUGCAGGAUCAGAUGGACAUAGCUCAAGUAGUAACAUGUCAGAAGAUGAUAAUAAGGAGAAUAGUGGAGGAGCCACUUCAGGCUCUAAAUCUCUUCUCAACUCAAAUGGGAAGACAAGAGCAAGUAGGGGGUCAGCAACAGAUCCACAGAGUCUCUAUGCAAGGAAAAGAAGAGAGAGAAUAAAUGAGCGACUAAGAAUCCUACAAAAUCUUGUCCCAAACGGAACCAAGGUUGAUAUAAGUACAAUGCUUGAAGAGGCAGUCAAUUACGUGAAAUUUUUACAGCUCCAGAUCAAGCUUUUGAGCUCUGAUGACCUAUGGAUGUAUGCUCCGCUGGCUUAUAAUGGGCUUGACAUUGGACUCAAUCUCAACAUGAAGAACUCCGUACCACUAUGAGAUUAAAGAAACUAGAGGGACACGUUUUCCGUUUAAACAACAAAAGGGAAAACACCUAAGUAGAAAAAAUAUAUAUGAAAUAAAAAUUGAGCAAUAUAUGUGUAUUCUAACAUGUUAUUAUUGGGUAAUGUGAAUAAAA